CCAGCCGUGGGCCCGCCCCGCCCCCCGCGCGGAGCGCAGGCGCAGCGGCUCCGCCUCUAUAUAAGGGUCGCGCCCGCCCGCGCUCGCGCUGUCGUCGGGAGGAUGUCGCGGUACGGGCGAUAUGAGACCAAGGUGUACGUGGGCAACCUGGGCACGGGCGCCGGCAAAGGCGAGCUGGAGAGAGCCUUCAGCUACUACGGGCCGCUGAGAACCGUGUGGAUCGCCAGGAACCCGCCGGGGUUCGCCUUCGUGGAGUUCGAGGACCCCCGGGAUGCUGAAGAUGCUGUGCUUGGCCUCGAUGGGAAGAUAAUAUGCGGCUCCAGGGUCAGAGUGGAGGUAUCCACAGGGAUGCCGCGGCGCUCCCGCUACGACCGGCCCCCCGCCCGGCGCCCCUUCGACCCCAACGACAGAUGCUACGAGUGUGGUGAGAAAGGCCACUAUGCCUAUGACUGUCACCGCUAUAGCCGGCGAAGGAGGAGCAGGUCCCGGUCUAGAUCCCGCUCGAGGUCCCGAGGAAGACGGUAUUCCCGGUCACGCAGUCGCAGCCGUGGUAGGAGAUCCAGGUCAGCUUCCUACCGCAGGUCCAGGUCGAUGUCUCCUCGUAGAUACAGAUCAUUCUCACCCCGCAGGUCCCGCUCUGGUUCUCUAAGAAGGUCAAGAUCUAGGUCCAGGUCACGUUCCAGGUCCCGCUCUGUUGUAUGGCCUCGAAGCAGGUCUGAGUCUCAUGGUAGAUCUAAGUCUGGCUUACCUGCUAAAAGCCGCUCAAAGUCCAGAUCACCAUCUCCAAAGAGAAGUCACUCACCUUCAGGAAGCCCUUGAAGAAAUGGAAGUCCUAAAAGAAUGGGUUCAAAUUUAAGAAGUUUAGUAAAAGAAAAUAUUUUGUUUACAUUAUAAGGGAUUUUGUGACGUAAGGGCUUAGUCCUAGGAGGCAGUUUCUAUUGACUAGCAAUUGGCAUGAACCUCUAUCUUCUAAAAGUUGUUAGCAGACUAAUACAAAACUCUUCUGUUGUGUUCGUGUUCUGUGAUCUGAAAAUGUUGGGCUUUUUUUUUUUUUUUUAUUGGUGCAUUGAAAUAAACUGCAUUUCUAACUAAGAAAUGAA